UUCACGAACGAAUUGAAUUGAAUGUUGACUUGAACGGGCGUGUGGCUCCUCAGGGUCGACGGCGGAGUUUCCGGAAAUAAUUUCAUUAUGUAAUUGCUGAGCGACUUAACGGGGCUGGAGGUGGAAUGUCCAGACACUGUCGAGAUGUCUAUCUUGGGGACAGCUCUCAUGGCCGGCUUGAAAAGCGGACUGUGGAGCAGCAGAGAUGAAAUAGCAAAACUUCGCCGAGUGAAAAAAGUAUUCAGACCAAACAAGGACAACCGUGAGUCGUAUAAAAACACGAUAGAUGAAUGGCAAAGGGCGAUUGACCGUUUGAAAAAUUGGUACCGACNCGCAUGUAAAGAGAAUGCGACAUUUCAUACGCACCAACCUAAUACAUCGUCAAUAGAAGCUAAAGAGAAGAAAAUUCAGGAUGUUGCGCAUAUUCGCGUCGGGAAUUCGCAAUAA